GCGACCAGACAUUCACAUCAGCUGGACAUACACCAAAUGCACGAUUCGAACUGAGCGAUCUUUGCAUUCAAUUGAACCGAGGACAUUGAUAGCAAUCGUCUUGUCGUCAUCUAUACUACCGUCAUCAACGCGUGGGAUUCCCCCGCGGGUAAACGUCACAACCAUGUCCACAGAGACAGAAUCAAAUUAUUUCAACAGCUACCCACCACCGAAAGCCCUGCAACGCCAUGAGGCUCUCACACGAGCUUUCGUGCAGCUUCAGCUCGAACAGAAUCGUCGAGUUGUGCUAGUUACAAGUGGAGGGACGACAGUUCCGCUCGAAAACCAAACAGUCCGCUUCAUCGACAACUUCUCCGCCGGAACUCGCGGCGCCUCCUCCGCCGAGCAAUUCCUCGAGAACGGCUACGCCGUCAUCUUCCUCCACCGGCAGUUCUCCUUACUCCCCUACUCGCGACACUACAGCCAUUCCACAAACUGCUUUUUGGAUUUCAUGGACGAAGACCCCGUUACAUCCUCGAUCGUAGUCAGGAAGGAAUACCAAUCCUCCAUGCGCGACGUAUUACGCAAAUAUCGCUACGCAAAACAGAACAAUCUGUUGCUGGUACUACCCUUCACAACAGUGACGGAAUACAUGUUCGAGCUCCGCUCAUUGGCGCAUUUAAUGAAGCCCCUGGGCGCAAAUGCAUUAUUCUAUCUCGCAGCCGCGGUGAGCGAUUUCUUCAUUCCAAGGGACAGAAUGGCAGAACACAAGAUUCAAUCUUCUGAGAUUCCGGCUCAUAUCGGCCAGCAUCAACCUAUCCAAGAUGAUGAGGUAUACACGGGUUACAACGAGGACCAACCCGGCGACGUCGAAAAGACGGAGUAUAAAUCAAAAAAAUUGGUUAUUGAUCUUGAUCCUGUUCCGAAAUUCCUUCAUCGGCUUGUGGACGGAUGGGCUCCGGAGGGGAGUAUGAUUGUCUCUUUCAAACUUGAGACUGAUCCUACACUCCUCGUGUAUAAGGCCCGUACAUCUCUUCAGCGGUACGCGCAUCAUUUGGUUAUUGGGAAUCUGUUAUCGACUCGAAAAUGGGAGGUGGUCUUUGUUACGCCCGAGGAACCGCAUGAGAGAUGGAUUAGAGUCCCCAAAUCGAAGAGGAGUAAAUCUAUUUCAGGGAGUGAGAAUCAGAUUGGUCUUGCGGAGAAGAUAUUGCAUGAUCAGGAACAUCCUGAUCAGCCGGAAGAACAGCAGAAAGAAGAAAAGGGGGAAAGCAGAGGAGAAAAUGAAGAAGGUGGCGGAGGAGUCGAGAUUGAAAGCUUGAUCAUCCCGGAGCUGGUGAAGUUGCAUUCCAAGAGAAUUGCUUCGAGAUCGACUACUUAG